CGUCGCUAGUGUUGUUUUAUUUACUAUUGGCUCGACUGCAUUUUAUCUCGUCGGAACGAUAGUUAGUAAUUUGUAUACGUUUGCACCAAUUUAACCGAUUGGAAUUUCGGCACAACCAUGUCCUGUAAUUAUGCUGAUGGCUUAUCACCUUAUCUGAACAAAGGUGUACUCGGUGUCGCUGAGAAAUUUGACGAUGAAGAAGUGGUCAAUGAAAAGUGUGCCACUUUGGCCGAUAUGAUAAAGUCGAGCAAACAUGUGGUUAUUCACACGGGAGCCGGCAUUUCAACUUCGGCUGGUAUUCCCGAUUUUCGAGGGCCGAACGGCGUGUGGACUCUUGAGGAGAAGGGCGAAAAGCCUUCUAUUAAUAUUGCUUUCGAAGACGCAAUUCCCACGAAGACUCAUAUGGCAUUGAAAGCAUUGAUCGAUGCUGGUCAUGUCAAGUAUAUCAUUAGCCAGAACAUUGACGGCUUGCACUUGAAAUCGGGGCUAGGUAGAGAGCAUCUAUCAGAAUUGCAUGGAAAUAUUUUCGUGGAAAAUUGUAACAAAUGCCGAACUCAGUAUGUGAGAUCAACGCCCGCUCCGACAGUGGGUCAGAAACCGACUGGUGGUGUAUGUAAAGGUAGAGGGAAACAACGGGCUUGCCGUGGCGGUGCUUUGAUAGACAAUAUUUUGGAUUGGGAACACGAUCUGCCGGACAAGGAUAUGGACUUAGCCUAUAAUCAUUCUUGUUUGGCCGAUCUGAACAUUUGUCUCGGUUCCACGUUACAAAUCAAUCCGAGUGGCAGCCUUUGCCUAAAGAAUAAGAAAUUCGGUGGCAAACUGGUCAUAUGCAAUUUGCAGCCCACCAAACAUGACAAGAAAGCCGACCUAGUUAUUUCGUCCUAUGUGGAUGUGGUAAUGGAAAAUGUCAUGAAACAUUUGGGCGUUGAGAUUCCGGCCUAUUCGGUGGACGAGGAUCCGACGAAAAAAGCGGAUAUCGACGUCGACUGGACAAUUCAGCAAGACCGGGUCAAAGAACUGGAAAAGGUCUACAGUGCUAAGGUGAAGGGCACGAAGAAACGAAAAGCGUUCACGUACAGCUGGGACAUGAUGGACAUGAAAAAGGAAGAACUGAAAAAAUUGAAAUUAGAACAGGAGCAACAGAAGAAGGGGCAGAAGGAGUAAGAUAGGCUGAUGGCAUUAUGCAACUGAAAACCGAAACUUUUUCCUUUGACUUUCUUUUUAACGAGUUUCGGUUGCGAUUGACUGGUUUGAUUGUGGAAAAUUCUGAAGAAAGAAAUUAUUGAGUGUGUAAAUGGGUCUCACGUUUGGCAAUUUCAUUAUUUGAUGGGAGAAAAUAGGGGUUGCACACUGUUAAGGAACUAUAAUUUUAGAGUUUGAAAUAUUCUAUGAAUUUACAGUAAAUAAACGUGAAAAACUAAUCUCUGAAUGAAA